AUGAUUGAUAAUCUUUUAAAUUGUGGAAAAACUAGAAAUGACUUACUUAAGAGUGUUUCAGAUUUAAUAAAAUUCAGUACUACGAGCACUUGUGAAGCAGUGAACAACUACGUGGAACACACAUUUGCUUCAACACCUAGAUCUGAUCCUGCAAAAAUUAAGAAAAAGAUAAGCGAUUCAGUAGAACAACAGUCACCGAACGUAGCAACUCAUUACUACGAAUACAAGGAAGUAUCCUCUCAAGAAAUACCACCCAUCCAAACCACGGGCAAAGCAAGCCGCGAACAAAUCGAAGAGUACAUUGCAAAUUUGGAGCGAAUACGAGUCGCGUUCGAAAGAAUACAAGAGGAAAUUUACGAGGUGACAGGAGGAGAGGUCACGGUUUUGGACUCAACGGAGGAAGCAUACUUCGAAGACCGACAUUUUGAGACGAAGCAACAAGCCGAGCUAAUUCAGCAUGUCAGCCGGCAGGCGAGUGCGUCGCCACUGUCGGCCAAUAAUAGCGACGCCAUUGCUAGAACAUUAGAACGACAGACGGAGCUGCUAUCGCAUCUAGUUAAUUCAGAUGGCACUGUUAACCAAAGAUCGGGAGUCAAACUGCCAGCGGUAAGGUUACCUACUUUCGAUGGACGUACGGAAGAAUGGCAACGAUUCGCGGAUACAUUUCGGUCACUCGUUCACGACAAGAGAGAAUUGCAGCCAGUGCAAAAAUUCCAGUAUCUUGUGACAUCGCUGACAGGCGACGCGGCAAGAGUCAUCGAGUCUAUAGAGUUAACUGCUGACAAUUAUGCCAUCGCAUGGGAUUUGUUACGAAAACGAUACGACGACCCUCGUGCGAUAAAGAAACGACAUAUCGAAUGUUUGUUUAGGAUGCCAGUUGUAAAGAAAGAGUCAUCCAGUGCGAUUCGAGGAUUAAUCGACUACACGAUGAUACAUUUGCGAGUUUUAAAGGCAAUGGAAUUGCCAACGGAGUCGUGGGACGAGCUCAUAGUACACAUGAUGGAGACAAAAUUGGAUGUUGUAACAUUGCGCGCCUGGGAACAAGAAGAUAGCAUUAGUGCAGUGACAUUAGACAAACUAGUUGACUUUUUGCAAAAACGAUGCCAAACAUUGGAACGUCUUGAAGCUAGAACGAAUCAAGGAGACGUUAUUCAUACGAAAGGGGAAGUGGAUAAGCAAGUCUCAAAGCAUCGGAGCCAGAAACCAGAUCGAGAUAACAAGGCAACGUCGCUUGCGAUGUCGACGAGUGCUAACAAGUGUUAUUUGUGCAACGGAGAGCAUUUUCUUUACCACUGCAAGAAGUUUAUUGCAUUGCCAGUUGACGAACGUAUCAAGGAAGUUCGCCGAUUGAAGCUUUGUUUCAACUGCUUACGUAAUGAUCAUUACGUUAAGUCAUGUAAGAUGGGAUCUUGUCGCGAGUGUUCGAGCAGACACAAUACUUUAUGUCACAUACCAAUCAACGGAGAGGAGAAUCCAAGGGAGGAGAACACUGAUGAAUCAUCGAAGUCCAGCCCUAAUAGCGAGAGCGAACAAGUAGCGGUACAUCUAUUAUCGAACGAGCCAGCAAAACGUCGUGUGAUAUUGGCAACAGCGAGAGUACACACUAUACUUCCAAACGGAUCCAGUGUUCCGUGUCGUAUCCUUUUAGAUAGCGCAAGUGAAGCGCAUCUUAUUACUAGUUCGGCGUGCAAUAAAAUCGGCGUUAAGCGCAAUCGAUCGUCAGAAAUUAUUACAGGCAUAAAUGAGCUCGAAAGUCAAGUACACCAAGUUUGUGAUGUUUUGCAGUCGAGUCAAUCAAAAUAUCGUUUUAACGUACAUUGUCUCAUCGUUCCAAAGAUAACGAAAAAUUUACCGUCGAUCGAGAUUUCACGCGAGAUACUUCAAAUUCCGUCUAAUUUAAAAUUUGCGGAUUGCGAGUUUGAUAAAGCAGGCCCUAUAGACAUAUUAAUAGGAGCAGAAUAUUUUUAUGAAUUAUUGGAAAUGGGCAAAAUAGAACUUGGUAAAGAUCGUCCAAUUUUACAAAAUACGAAGCUCGGCUGGGUCCUUUCAGGACCAGUAAAUUUAGGCUCAAAUUUGGAAACUGUAGUUUCUCUUCAUUGCUCUAUUGAACAGUGUGAAUCUCUUAACCAAAGUCUCGAACGAUUUUGGGAAAUAGAAAAUUGUAGUUUUGAUGUAAAACCUGUUAGGUCUGAAACAGAGCGAAAAUGUGAGGAGUUUUUUGAGCGAACAACUAAGCGUGAUAACUCUGGUCGAUUUAUUGUGCGUUUACCAAUUCGUGAAAAUGCGGAACCAUUAGGCGAAUCACGAGAAAUCGCAGAAAAACGAUUGAAGCAAUUAGAGCGCUGUUUUAAGAACAACCGAUCAUUGCAAGUAGAAUAUGUCAAAUUUAUGCGUGAGUAUGAGUCAUUAGGUCAUAUAUCACGAGUAGUAGAUAAUGAAUGUAAUAUCAAUUUAUUUGUGACGUAUUUGCCACAUCAUUGUGUUGUAAAGGAAUCUAGUUCUACUACUAAAUAUCGCGCGGUUUUCGAUGCAUCAAGCAAGACUACUUCCGGGCAAUCGCUCAAUGAUAUAUUGAUGGUUGGUCCGACGCUCCAAAGCGGCUUAAUCGAGGUGAUGAUCUGA